CGUAUAUUGAUUGGCCUUCCAACUGCACAUAUCCAAAAGGUGUCAUAAUAGAUGUCAUUCGUGGAGUUGAAUCACUGUCUAAGGGAUUAGAAGUUCUGAACAUGAAAUACACCGUGCCAGCCUUGUAUGAUGAAAGUACAGUUGAUGCUGCGAACGAUAUGGAGAUUGGGGAAGGAAACACUGAGUGUAUUGAAGAUGACAGAAUUGACCUGCGGUUAUUGAAUGUUUUCACAAUAGACCCACCGGAUGCAAAAGACCUAGAUGAUGCAAUAAGUCUAAAGCGAACAUCAGACGGGUUUAGAGUAGGCGUACAUAUCGCAGAUGUGUCCAGUGUUGUCCCAAAAGACUCACACAUUGACGUUGAGGCCCAACAUAGAGCAACAACCUUUUGUCCGCCUUCAUCAUGCCGACCAAGGCACAUGUUACCUGAACCACUGGGUACAGACAUGUGUAGUCUGUUGGAAAAUAAGAACAGACGGGCCAUUUCAGUGUUUUUCAGUUUUGCAGAUGAUGGCACAUUAAAUAAAACUGAUAAUUCGAGUUCAAUUGAUAUCAAGCGCACGAUGGUGCGUUCGAGGAAACAGUUCACGUACAAGGAAAUACAGACAAUAAUCGAAACGCCAGAUACAGAUACCAAAGACGACAUAGCAAGAGAUUUCUCACUCAGAAGGCGCGGUUAUAAUAACAGAAAAUACAUGGAAAUAUCUGAGAGAAACAAAUUCGAAUUGAUUUGCUGUGAUGAAAUGCAUCCAUUACAAAGUGUUAUAUAUCAGGACUGGAUCUCACUUCAAGAAAGAGCUGAAUAUGUCUGCUCCUCAUCUGUGAGAGAAAAGGCUAAUGGGGAACAUUAUGACUUAAACAUAUAUCCUUAUACGCACUUCACUUCACCCUUACGGCGGUAUGCAGAUUUACUUAUACAUCGAAUAUUAAGAGCGAUGUUGUUUUCCAACCAACAGGAACUUAAAUACGUAACUACUACUCCUGUAGACGGCUAUGACGAGAUAGAUGAAUAUGUUCGAACAUGGCUUCCAAUUUUACGCAUGGAAUCGGCAACUAACGCAGUGCGGAACGAGGAAUCGUGUUACGUAAACGACGUGCCAGUUACGUUUAAGUCUCACAGGGAAGGUUUUCUUUCUCUUUGCUACCGGAAGUGUAAAGACAGAAAUACUAUUUUCUCGGGAGAAAGGAAAGAAACAGACGACGAGCCGUCCAGCUGGGAGCUUCCACCGUCUUAUGACUGGCUCUGUUUGAGAAAGGUCGAAACAAUAGCUUCCAAUCAGAGCAAACUCUUCAUUGCAGAAACUUUGAACAAUAGCCGUGUGUGGGUUGAGCACGCCGAAAUUAUUGCUGUUAAGACAGACAAAUACAAGCAAUUAUGCAGUAUGUGCUCUAGGCAAAGCACAUCGAACGAUGAAGUCUGUGGAGAAAUUCGUGUGUGCUUCCACUUGAAUUUGGGGUCAGCAAGAUCGUGGGACACGUGGGAUACAAUAGACGUUGAGUUGCUAAAGAAAUCUAAAGUAGACAGAAGUGGGACGCAAGAUAUUUUCCCACUACCACCUAACAACAAGAAACAAAAGGAAGCCAUAGACAAGGCUCCUACAUCUGCCUUUUCCCUCAUUCAAGGUUCACCAGGCACUGGAAAAACAUAUACAGGCAUUAAGCUCUUGUAUCUUUUUGACAAAAUCAAUAAAAUGAUUAAAGACGAAGACGGCGCUCGGAAACAAAUACUCUUUUGUGGACCGUCGAAUAAAGCGAUUGAUGUUGUUGCAAACUUGUUGCUACAGAAAGUGCCAGAAGAGUUUCGACCGAGUUUUGUGCGUGUUUACAGUCAAGCUAUCGAAACGCUAGACUUUCCCAUUCCACGACGUUCACCAAAUACACGCGGUACAAGAAACCAGAAUGCACCUUCGGGUCUCCGGCAAGUAGCUUUACAUCAUAUCAUCAGACAAGAUGACAAACGAUUUGCAGAUGAAAUAAAAAGAAUGGACAAACUCUUUCAAAACAAAAAAUACACACCAUCCUACCAGGAGGUUGAUGAAUAUCUGAAACUGAUAUUGAACGCUUCUAUACAUGAGAUCCGGCAAUACAGCAUCAUUUUAUGCACAACUGUCGUUGCAUCGAAUUACGCAAUAUUGAAAGAAACCAAUGUUUACCAGGUCAUAAUAGACGAGGCUGGAAUGUGUCCAGAGCCACAAUGUCUAAUACCAAUUAUUGCAACGAACGCCAAGCAGGUGGUUUUGAUUGGAGACCAUAAACAAUUAAGACCUAUAAUCAUCUGCAAAGAAGCAGGAGAACUUGGGUUGUCUAAAUCUCUGUUUGAACGGUAUGCUAUGACGGAUCACAGCGAAGGAGUUGAAUUCACCAUGUUGGACACACAGUACAGAAUGAAUCUUGCCAUUUGUGACUUUCCGUCUCAACAAUUUUAUGGUGGAAAACUGAUCACCGAAACUGGGGCCUGGUACAAGAAUAGGCGGGAUGCCAUAUGGCCACGAAAUGAAGACGGACAAGUUCGUCCCCAUAUUUUCAUUCAUGUUGAAGGAGAGGAGAAGGUUCUGACUGUUUCUACUGAGGAAGGCAAUGAACAAUCUCGCAGUAACGAGGCAGAGAUCUACGAGGUCAUGGAAGUGUUCAAGUACUUAACUGACCAAAACCUUGGGACUGUCAAGGUUCUGUCUCAGUAUAAUGCGCAAUGUUCCGAGUUACGUCGGCUUAUGAGGGAAAAAUGCAUUAAUUUCAAUGACGAAAACAUUUGUACUGUCGUGUCCAGCCAAGGCGGAGAAUGGGACUAUGUGAUAUUCAGCACUGUUCGCUCCCUGAAAGACUACGCAAUUGAGACGAGCCCAACUCUUGGAUGGUGUAUGAAACAUUUGGGCUUCAUUACCGACAGAAACCAAAUCAACGUGGCCCUUACACGGGCUAGGAAAGGGCUAAUUAUUAUCGGUAACAAGAAAUUGCUUCGAUGUGACAGCACCUGGUCAUCAUUGCUGAAACAUUAUGAGAAACACGGAUGCGUGAAACAAGCAGGCGAGUUUCCACCGAGUGGGCAAACACGAUCCCGACAGGAUAUCAUGGGACACAACAUUCGACAGAGUGAGCGGCGAUUCGGUUACAGACCAUAUGAAGCGCCACCAGCUGCUACAUUCUAUACAGGAAAAUUCGAUUAGAUAUCCCACAUAGACAAUCCCAGAGAACUAAUCUGCAGGACAGCCAGCAUAUAUUUGUUGUACAGAUGAAAACAAAG